GUAAACACCGGAAGCUUGACGACAGAUUCAUCUGACAGCUGGGUCAGUCAGGACUGGAGUUCGGUCCCGCUCGGAUAGACGUUAAUGGACCGUAUCCUACCACUGAGUGUUUUUUAACCGAAGCGGUUGACAACACCGGACCGAACCAGCUCCCGCGUCCCGGUGAGGCCAUGGACGAGCAGGCGGGUCCCGGUGUGUUCUUCAACAGCAACAACAACAACUCGGGUUCUCCCGGCAGCGUCCGAACCCCGCAGCCCGGAGAGGGCGGCGGAGAGGCGGCCAGGGCUCCGUACAGCAUCCCGGGGAUUCUACACUUCCUGCAGCACGAGUGGGCCCGGUUCGAGGUGGAACGGGCUCAAUGGGAGGUGGAGCGGGCCGAGCUGCAGGCCCAGAUCGCCUUCCUGCAGGGGGAGAGACGAGGGCAGGAGAACCUGAAGAAGGACCUGGUGAGAAGGAUCAAGAUGUUAGAGUACGCCCUGAAACAGGAGAGGGCCAAGCACCACAAGCUGAAAUACGGAACAGAACCGAACCUGGGAGAUCUCAAGCCUCCAACGUAUGAUUCAGACGAAGGAAACGACAGAGAUGCUCCGAGUCCUCCGAACAGCAGCCAUCAGCUGAGCUGGAAGCAGGGAAGGCAGCUGCUCAGACAGUACCUGCAGGAGGUUGGGUACACCGACGCCAUCCUGGAUGUGAAGUCUCAAAGGGUGAGGGCGCUGCUGGGUCUCACCGGAGACUCCGGAGACAAACCGUCAGAUAGGAGAACCGAGCCCAUGGUCAAUGGAACCGAAUCGUCUUCGCUGAAGGACAGCGGCAUGGUCAGUAAACCCGACAUAUCGGACCCGGCCACCGUGUUGGAAGCGUUCCAGUUCAUCGAGAGCGCCGCAGCCGAGUUCAGCGACGAAGACGAGGAUGAAGACAGCGAGACCAAAGACAGAACCACCCUGGACCUAGCUGCUAUGGUGAGGAAGAAGCCGUCCUCCAGUCCGUCCUCCACCAUGUCCGACCUCAGCGACGACCCGGAUACUGAGGAGGCCCUAAAGGGGUUUGACUUCCUGUCGAACCAGGACGAGUUAGACGGGUCGACGGGGAUGAGGAGCGGAGAGGAGACCGGGGAUUGGGAGAAGGAUGAACCGUCUCCUGAACUGGGCUGGGACGUGGCAGGUCUGAUCGCCCAGCUGAAGGAGCAGUACAAGAAGGAGCGGAAAGGAAAGAAGGCGGUCAAGAGGCCAAACCGGUCCAAACUCCAGGACAUGUUGGCCAACCUGCGAGACAACGAGGAUCUCCCGUCCCUGCAGCCAGCCGUGUCUCCUCCCUCCCGGUCCGUUGGACCUAGGCUCAACGAACAGGAAGUGGGACGACCUGAAGACGAACCAAUGACGUUCCUGCCGUCCUCCGGGAAGUCGUUUAUACUGGGUCGAGUGGACGAGGCCGUCUCCAUCGAGCUUGGACUGGGAGAACUGGCCGGACUGACUGUUGCCAACGAGGCAGAAAGUCUAGCGUACGAUAUCUCCAGCAACACAGACGCUCUGAGGAAGACCUGGAACCCAAAGUUCACCCUGAGGAGCCACUUUGACUCGGUGCGGAGUCUGGCCUUCCACCCGGUGGAUCCGGUUCUGGUGACGGCAUCUGAGGAUUACACCCUAAAGCUGUGGAACCUCCAGAAGACGGCACCGGCCAAAAAGUGUGCGGCGCUGGACGUGGAGCCCAUCUACACCUUCAGAGCUCACAGCGGUGCUGUUCUCUGCGUCACAAUGAGUUCUGGUGGAGACCAGUGCUUCAGCGGGGGGGUGGACGGUACCAUCCAGAGCUGGAACACUCCGAACCCAAACACCGACCCGUACGACCCAUACGUGCCGUCCGUCCUGCGGGGGGCUCUGCGUGGACACACGGACUCUGUGUGGGAUCUGGUCUACAGCCCGGCUCACCACCGCCUCCUGUCCUGCUCAGCCGAUGGGACGGUCCGGCUGUGGAGCGCUGCCGAUGUCUCCCCGGCUCUGGCGCUGUUUAACGAGGACGGAGAACUGGGCGUCCCAACCUCAGUGGACCUGGUGAGCAGCGAACCUGCUUACAUGGUGACGUCCUUCAACACAGGACACAUCGGACUUUACAACAUGGAGACACAGCAGCUGGUUCUGAAGCUGGACUCAGCCGGACCUCCAGAAAAUCCCUGUAAGAUCAACAAGGUUCUGAGCCACCCCACGCUGCCGAUCUCCAUCACGGCCCAGGAGGACCGCCACAUCCAGUUCUUCGAUAACAACACAGGGAAACUGAUCCACUCCAUGGUGGCCCACCUGGACUCUGUCACGUGUCUGGCUGUGGACCCAAACGGGCUGUACCUCAUGUCGGGCAGUCACGACUGCUCGAUCCGUCUGUGGAACAUGGAGACCAGAACCUGCAUCCAGGAGUUCACGGCUCACCGCAAGAAGUCCGACGAGUCCAUCCAUGAUGUGGCAUUCCACCCCACCAGGUGUUACAUCGGCAGCGCCGGCGCCGACGCACUCGCCAAGGUCUUCGUAUGACCCAAACCCGGGUGGACCGGUCAGGAACUUAUGAGUCUGACGAGAACUUCUCCUUCAGAGCCCCUCACGUCUUCAUCCCCGCCCCCUGCUGGUCCCGGGCUGGACCUGGGUCCGGCCCGUGUCCCAGAACCUCACAGACGGAGCGAAUGGAAGCAGAGAAACGGGUCCAAAGCAGGAGAGUCUGGUACCGGAACCUCAUUGGUACAUGUGCCUUCCAGUUAGGGGUCAAUGAUCAGAUCCAUACACGCACGCACGCGAGCGCGCGCACACGCGCACGCACACACACACACACACACACACACACACACACACACACACACACACACACACACACACACACACGCACGCGCACACACACACACACACACACUCAUCGCACUGAAUUGAACCAGAACUUAGACUCAGGUUGAAUUCUGGAAUUUUCUGGGAACGAUUAAUCUGGUCUGACCCAUCCGUGUGGUUUCUCUGGGUGAACUGGACCGUUUGAUGGAUCAGGCCUGGCCCUGUCUCCUCCUCCUGGUUCUGAGUGGUGUUCUGGACCGACCCGGUGGAGAAGAAUCUUCCAGACGAGCUGCAAAGGAACUCCAGCAGAGAAGCUUUUGUUUUUUGGGUUUUUUGGUUUUUUUUUUUAGAUUUUAUUUAUUAAGAGGCCAAAUGAGACGCUAAUCAGCUGAUUGUUGUAAAUCUUUGAUGCUUUCCUCUCCGGACCGACAGAUUAUUUUGUGUAAUUUUUCCGACUCGGAUCACUGGUUUUCUAAACGUGUUUGGUGACGGAUGCUUCAGCAGGUCUUUUUUUUAUUGUCUUACUUGAAGUGAAGUUUUAUUUUUGCUGGUUUCAGCCGCAGUUUCCUGUCGAGUUUUUAUUCAAUCCGUACGUCAAAAGAAGAAACUGCGUUUGUGGUGGACUUUUAACUACAAAGUCAUUUUUCCUCAUAUUUCUAAAUGAGCGUAAAGAACAAAGUUAAUCUGAGUAGAAGCUGAGUUUCCUGGUUGUUGCUUCCCGUGGUGAUGUUCCUGUUUGAUCCUGAAUGUUCUCACUUCCAAAGUGUUACCAAAGCGUUUGUUUCAGGCAAUAAUGGAAAUAUGCCUGGUCUUUCAAAAGACAGAGCAAAAAACAAAAGCUCAAGGUCAUUUAGAGGUUAUUACUCCAAACGUGAUUCAGCUAAGACUGAGUGGAAUUCAGCACCUUAAUGUUAUCUGAAUAAACUUCUUCCCGCUUCA